AUGGUAAUAUUGUAUGCUUCUGAAUAUAUUCUUAAAACUUUAUAUGAUUGUUCUUUUCUUAGUGAAGAAGAAUGGUGGAAAGAAGUUUACAUUCCAAUUGGUUUCAUAUUUUUAAAAAAAGAAUUUUUACAACUAACUUGUUACAAGUUUAUGCUUCUUUUAUUUUUAUUAGAUGAAAUUUGCCUAAGUGGUUGUUCUAUUUUUAGUGGAAUUAUGGCAAUUCAAGGAGCUGUUUUUUGUAACCAUCCGAAAAUAAUGUGGAUUUUUGGUCUGAUAUGUAUAAGUUCAUGGGGUUCUUGUUGUAGUUUAUGUGUAUUUAUGGCAUUAAAUAGGUGUCUUGAUAUAGUUAAUCCAGCUAUAAAUAAUAUUUUAUUUCAUGGUAAAAAAGCAUUCAUAUGGAUGAUUUUAUCAUUAAUAUAUGGUUUUUAUAUUGGUACACUUAAUCAACCAAUGUUUUUUUCAUCAAAAAUGUAUGGUUGGUUUUACAAUCCAUAUUUUGGUACAAAUCUUACAAAUUUAAGAGAAAUUAAAGAUUUUUCAAAUUACCCACAUAUUAUAAAUAAUUUUUUGGUUGUAAUAAUACUUACAUCAUUAUAUGCAUAUUUUUGUUUUUCAAUAACUUUAAAAUAUAAGUUAUCAAAAAAAUUUUGUAUUACAAGAGCACAAAAAAAUUUAUUUAUACAAGCAACUAUUAUAUGUUUAUUAAACUUUUGUGCAGCAAUACUGUAUAUUUAUAUUCAAUUUAUACCUGCUGAUAUAAAACUUGCUAUUGUUGCUCAUAUGGCAUGGAUAUUUACUCAUGGAUUUUCUUCGUUUAUUUAUCUUAUUUUUAAUAAACAAAUUAGACAAAAAAUUUUUAAUAUGAUUUGUUUUAUCAAAAUUACCAAUUCUCAUAUUACAGUUGAUAAAAUAACACAAUUUAAAUCUAAGGUAAAUAUAUGUAAUCAAAGUAUUGCAAAAAGUAAUACUUUACUGUAUAAAUAA